GAGGCAGAUGAGCUCUGUAAAGUUCUGGACAACCUUGCAAGACAUAUGGUCAUGAAAGACAAAAACUGGCACGAUAAAGGCCAGCAGCACAGAAACUGGUUUCUGGAAGAGUUUCCUCGGUUGAAAAGUGAGCUUGAGGAUGACAUAAGAAGGCUCCGUGCCCUUGCAGAUGGGGUUCAGAAGGUCCACAAAGGCACCACCAUCGCCAAUGUGGUGUCCGGCUCUCUCAGCGUUACCUCUGGCAUCCUGACCCUCGCCGGCGUGGGUCUGGCACCCUUCACGGAGGGAGGCAGCCUUGUACUCUUGGAACCUGGGAUGGGGCUGGGAAUUGCAGCCGCUUUGACCGGGAUUACCAGCAGUACCGUGGACUACGCAAAGAAGUGGUGGACACAAGCCCAAGCCCACGACCUGGUCAUCAAAAGCCUUGACAAAAUAAAGGAGAUGAAGGAGUUUGUAGGUGAGAACACACCCAACUUUCUUUCCUUAGCUGGCAAUACUAACCAACUCACACAAGGCAUUGGGAAGGACAUCUGUGCCAUCAGAUGAGCCACAGCCAAUCCUCAGUCAGUACCGCAUGCCUCAGCCCCACGCCCCCGGGUCACUGAGCCAAUCUCAGCUGGAAGCGUUGAACAGAUGGAGAGAGUUGUUGAACCCCCCAUCCCGGAAAUGAGCAGAAGAGUCAGGUUCAUGGAUGUGGCCCCUGCAAGCACAAUCUUUCUUGUGCUGGAUGUAGUCAGCCUCGUGUACGAAUCAAAGCACUUACAUGAGGGGGCAAAGUCAGAGACAGCUGAGGAGCUGAAGAAGGUGGCUCAGGAGCUGGAGGAGAAGCUAAACAGUCUCAACAAUAAGUAUAAGAUUCUGCAGGCGGGCCAAGAACGGUGA